AUGCUGCGAUGAGGUGGCGACUUGUCCAGGGUGUACCCCGCCUUCCGCCCGAUUGUAGCUGAGAUAGGCUCCAGCGCUCCCCGCGACCCCGAAGGGAAUAAGCGAACAGAAUGAAUGUGGGUGUGGCACACAGUGAGGUGAACCCCAACACCCGGGUCAUGAACAGUCGAGGGAUCUGGCUGACCUAUGCGCUCGGUGUUGGAAUACUUCACAUUGUGCUCUUGAGCAUACCAUUCUUCAGUGUACCAGUGGUGUGGACUCUCACUAAUGUCAUCCACAACUUUGGAAUGUACGUGUUUAUGCAUGCAGUGAAAGGGACGCCCUUUGAGACCCCUGACCAGGGAAAGGCAAGACUUCUUACACACUGGGAACAGCUCGAUUAUGGCUUGCAGUUCACAUCUUCUAGAAAAUUCUUCACCAUUUCCCCAAUAAUUCUAUAUUUCUUGGCAAGUUUCUACACAAAAUAUGACACAACACAUUUCUUUAUAAACACUACGUCACUUUUAAGUGUGCUGAUCCCAAAACUACCACAACUGCACAGAGUGAGAAUCUUCGGGAUCAACAAAUACUAAUUCUGGUUUUUUCAUUGUGUAUUCUGUGUAACACGUGCAGUUAAUUACCAUAACUCCACUGUCACUCAAAUCAGUCAGAAAACAUUUUUAAUGUGGAAACUUUUGGAGAGCGGAUGCAAUGUGCAUUUCUUUUUUUUUAUUAUUUAAUUUUUUUUUUGGACGUAGCAAAAAUACUUUAUUAUAUUUAAAAACAAAUAAUUACUGCUCCUCUUCAGUGUUGAUCUCCACCGUUUGUUCCUCCAUCAAGAGAACUUUAUCAAAUCCCCCUGCGGUCGUCCAUUCAUGGAAACUCCUUCACUUGUGUUGUUGCAUUUUCUCACACCCAUGGGUGGGAAUCCAGCAAAGGAGUUGUAGGAAAGGGGCACGGGCCACUGGUACUGAACAUAAGGAGGCGGAGCUUGCAUGUAGAACAGGGGUCGUGCGGCCACAGGGCGGGUGGGGGCGGUCCUGGGUCCAGCCUGGGGUUCUGGGGCCCGCCGGGGUCCUGAUGUCCGUUGAGGGCGGGAGGCUGUGGCUGGCGGGUGGGAUGGUUGCUGCUGGCCGCCAUGGUUGUCAAAUCUUCUUGAUAAAAUGGUGGAAGAGAUGCGGCGGCACACACCUGAGUUCCUGCAAUGUGCAUUUCUAACUUGUGUUACGAUAUGUUGUGGUCUGAUCGGGCCUGGGCUGGCCCAGGAAUCAGACUUUUUGUAUUUUUAUGUAUUUUUCUUCUGUUCCUUCCCCGUUGAUUUUGUGAAUUUACAGCUGUACAAAGAAAGCAACAGUUUUAUGGUUUAUUGUAACUGAGAAAAAUAGAGGAAAAAGCACAAAUCCAGAAAAAAAAUGAAAUAAGUGAAAAUGUUAUAUUUUUUUGAGGAUAAUAAUAUUAAUAAUAAUGCAAAGCUUGUUGGUAAGAAAAAGUCAUGUUUGAAUUUGGAGUUCUUACCCCACAAGGCUCUGCAAUGAAGUGGCGACUUGUCCAGGGUGUAACCCUCCUUCCGCCUUAAUACAGCUGGGAUAGGCUCCAGCACCCCCGGGACGGACAAGCGGUAGAAAAUGGAUGGAUGGAUACCUCACUAGGUUAAACAUUUUGCAUGGAGCGAGGGCGAAUUACUGUUAACUUGUAUUUUUUUUCCCAUUUCCAAAUAAUUGAGACAGUAGUAUCUCACCAAGUCCUGUUCAGGUCUACAAUCUUCUCCCACAAUCAUCUCUGCGGUAGUCUGCCGCUUUUUACCGCCGCAGCUUGGCUAUGAUUACAAGUAACCAGGGAAUUAUUUAUGUCAGGGCAGCGUUGCUCAGGAGGUAGGUAAUUGUAGGGUUCCCUGUCCCGUGUCCUGGGCAAGACAACUCACCCAGUUUGCCCCCAUUGACCAAGAAGCUGACCCACAAACACAAUGCAGUCACUGUUCCUCAAGAGGAUGGGUUCAAUUGAAACGACUAAUUUGGUUGUGUACGUGAUUAUAGUGAUGAUCUUUCUAUGACCAUUCUGUGGUCCUUUGACAGCUCUUUGGUCCUGCAGAUGGUGGCGGUGAGGUUUGAACAAAGCACGUUGUUUCUUUGACAGUUGUUUUUUUGAGUUGACAUUCGGCGUACUUAAAGAGACAGGACUAAUAUGUGUGGUUAACCUGUCUGUGUAGGUCAAAUGCUAUAGUGCAGGCCGGGCUAUUGAACUAAAUUGUUUUGGGGGCUACAUUUCCAGAGAGUUAAGACUAUCAGGACUUAUCCUUUCACCAUUAGUAUUAUUUUGUAUAUUCCAGAGAACCAGCAUCCUAUACAGUAAACAUUGGAUUGUGGUCUAUUUUGUCAGAGUUACAGGAGCGCUGUGCCGUUUUUAAGGACUUCAUGAAAAAAAAGCUUGUCAAAUAUCUCUAUGACCUGGUGUUCUUAAGAAUCUGCUGCAAAAUGUUUUAACCAAAGUCACGGGCCAACAGUUUAAUAGUUCAAAUGAUGAAAAAGAGAGGACCGAAAAUUGAACCUUGAGGAACACCAGUAGUAUGUUACAUAAAUGACAUUACCAAAAAAAUGUAACUGCUUAAAAGGAGGACUCGAAGGGGUGACUUGAGGAACGCCCCAGUUUGCUAGCAGUGUUAAAUGUCAAUGCAAUGAUCUGUCAAUGUGUUUACAGUGGUCCACGUUACUCUAUACGACAGGAGCACUCUUGUUUUUAGGAAUGUUGCUGUUUGUCUCCCAAAUAAUUUUAAACUGAACUUGCGGGCCGGUAUGUUAAAUAGCCUUGUUGUAGUUGGAUCAAAUACUGUAAUUACUUUUCUUAAUCGAAUACAAUAUUAAUUUUUUUGGAUUGUAUUUAUUUUAUUUUUAUACAUUCUAUCUCUGUUACAAUAAAUCAUAACAAUUUCAAAUUGUUCCUAUCUUUGUAAGGAAAUAAACAGUGAUGUAUUUUUCUUGAUAGGUCUUGAAUUCACUUGUGUACACUAAUUGUUAUGGAGUUUGUAGCCCUGCCAAUACCCCAAAUGUAUUUUUCAAAAAUGUUAACUUCCUAAGAGUGGUGUGUCUGUGACUCUUUAUUGAUACACUGACUUCAUAAAGGGUGUCAAAUGUAUUUGUUCUUUAUUAGGAGUAUGGCAUGUAGUGCAAAACAGUCUUUGGAUACAAAACCAAUGGGAAUAUACGAGUGUCCAGAACAACUUUUUCCACUGCCGAUAGUCAAGGCUGCAAUAUCAGUAUGCUAUUUUCUGAGUCAAGGCUGCAAUAUCAGUAUGCUAUUUGCUGAUACCGAUCCGAUAUCAACACAAAUAAUAUAUACUUUUUACUUACUCUGUUGUGUGGAAUGUUAAAAAGGGCGUGAUCAAGUGAUACAUUCUGUUUUUGUUGUCAUGUGGCCUCCCCCAUUCUGAAUUGUUAUAUCUUGAUUUUUACACUUCAGAGUCUCAUUUGCAAGUAUGCAUUCAUUUCAGUUUGUACUUGGUGCGUUGCCAUAGUCAGGUAGUAGUCUUUGCCAUUAGGUUGAGUCCUACAAGGUGUUUAUACUGUAAAUAUUGUACUUAUUACAUACCAGCUGUUUGAUUACCAAGUUUGGAGGUGUUGAACUCACCCUGUAAAAUCUCUAAUGCUUACUAGUCGCGUGCAUAUGGCUUAUCCAUUGUAAAUUAGCAUUGUUUGUUUUAAUGCAUUUAUUUUAUGUCAACAAUGUCAUUGAGGAUUAUGUAAGUUUUAUUGACAUAUUGUUUAUCUGUGGUGCGACAUUUUUCUUUUUUGGUCGCUGGAGGGAUAAGUAUGCGUUCUUGUCUUCUGAAUGGCGUGCUUUUGUUUCUCUGGAGUGCUUUUAAUUGGGUUUAAUGUUACAAAAGAAGAAAAUUAUUGAAUCUGAUGGCAAACAGAAGUAAUAACAAGAUGAAAUAA